GACGCCUUGGUCGAAACCACACCACCCGCGAACCCCGGACGCCCGUCCCGGCGCGCCAUUGCGAGGCAUGGCGGUCGAGGGCGAAGGCGUUCUCGGUCUUAGCGCAUCUUCUGGGCCCGUUGAAGAGAAAGGCAGCAGGACCAGCAACGUCGUUGACAACCUCGAUGAGCGAAUACUGAGUUGGUUCAAAAAGAGGAAUGGGGAUACCCUUAAGGGUGCGCUGGCCUUCAUUCCGUGGGUUUUGCAAGAGGCAAACGCCGAGGGCAGUUUGGAGAAGGGCCAUGUGGUAAUCCACAGGGGCAGCGGAGCAGUCGUCUUUUCGGACGCUAGCGGUUUCACCAACCUGACAGAAAGGCUUUCCAAGAAAAGCGAUGGUGCAGAAUUGUUAUCAUUAUGCCUUACGUCUUUCUUCACUCCUUUGAUAGACAUCAUCAACUCCUACCGCGGUGAUGUGAUCAAAUUCAGUGGUGACGCACUGACCAUCUACUUCCCGGCAGUUGAUGAUACCAAGCACGAGAAGUACAAUCACGUGGUUCCGCCGCACGGGACGUGGGGUCUUCCAGACCUGGGCCCACAGCACACCGCCGUGCUCCGGGCUUGCGCCUGCUGCAUUGAAAUUCACAAGCGCCUCCACAUGUUCGACACAGGCGUCGACGGCGUCCGUUUGUGCCUCCACAUUGGUGUUGGAUGCGGCGAGGUGAAUAUCCUCCAGGUGGGUGGCCGGCCUCCGCCUGAGACGCGGGUGCCACGCUUGGAGUACAUCAUUGCUGGCCCACCCUUGGAACAGAUUUCCAUUGCUGAGCCCUUGGCCGGCAAUGGCGAGACCUGUCUGAGUCCUCAGGCUUGGGCCUAUGUGAAGGACUGCGUGGUGGAAGGCUCACCAGUCGAGGAGAGAAUGUUCAACGCUGCCUGGAGGUUGAUAGAGCUCGGGACACAUGGACAAGGCUGA